GUUUCUUUUGUUGUUAUAUGGUUGUUGUUAGAACAUUUAUAGAGACAGUGAGAAGAACAAAUUAGCAAAUUGAGAACAUUAAGUGUGCGAUGCGUUUCGAUUGCGCCGCCAUUAAACCAAGUGCGGCACUAAUGAAAUGGUCAUCGGUGCUAUGUUGCUGACGGGUAACCACCACAACGGUCCCACCAAACAGCAGCAGCCAACGACAACGACUGGUAACAAUAACACGGCAAACAAUCAACAGCAACAUCAGCAGCAGUCACAGCCACAGCAACAGCAACCACCGCUGCCAGCAGUCAACACAGCAGUGAACAACGUCGCAUCUAGUGGUUAUUAUGCUCUUGGUAACAUUCGGAUUCCCAAGUCGCCAUCGUUUCACAGUGGCUUAGAUCAGCUGGCUGACGACGACGACGACGACAUUAUCGACGUGGAGGGGGAACGAGACUCGGCUUCUUCUGCGUCUGGUGGUGGCAGCAAAUUCAAGUUCAGCAGCGUCGAAGAGCUGAAGGCCAAAUUUGAGUUGCAGUCACGUAAAAUGCCACUGUCGCCGCCCGAGGCAAGUGCCGGCAACGUGACAACAACAGCAACAUCAUCACCAUCAUCGUCAUCGACUAGCUCGAAUUCAUCGGCAUCGGCGCUGUCCUCGCUAUCGCAGGCAGCCUCAUCCUCGCUAGCAGCCAACUCAUUGGCAUCCAGCUCCACAUCGUCGACGUCGUCGCCAUCGUCGGCAGUGACAUACGGCGGUGGCGCAAAUUCGGCAGCAGCCGCAUUAAUUGCAUCCUCAUCGCCGUUUGGCUCGCAAUCAUCCACAUCCUCGUUGUCGCUAUCGUCCAGCACAACGAAUGUGCCAACGGCAGCAGCAGCAACCAUGUCCAAUGCUAAGAAUACGCCCAGCACAACAGCUGGAGCAAGUGGCAGCGGCGGCGGUGGGAGUUCUUUGGUGUCCACGUUGGCGCAACACUUUUCGGCAGCGACAACGGCGACAUCGCUGCUGAGCACUGGGUCAGCAGCUGGGGCGGUUGGUGGAAACGGAGCCAGUUCAACGGCCAGCGGCAGCAGCAAGUCACCCGUGAGCGCAGCUGCGGCCAUUAAGAACAUAUUGAAUGCCACCAAAAGUGUUGGCAGCAAUGCUGCUGCAGCCUCCUCCAGUAGUGGCAACAACAGUAGCAGCAGCACCACAACCAGCAUUACCACCAGCAGCAGCAUCAACAUCACCAGCAGCAGCAGCGGCAAUGUCGAUGUGGCAACUGUUGAGGAGCAGCUGCAGCUGCAGCGCACAACGGUGGCACAGAAUCUGGUCGGUGGCAUAAGCAUUUCCCUGGGCAUUGGCCAGCGCAACGGCAAUGCGGCGGCGACUGUGGUGGCGACACCAGCGACAACGACAACAACGAUGAUGAUGGCAAUGCCUCCGUCGUCGUUGAAACAAAACGGCGGCGGCGAUGCAACUGCUGCUGCUGCUGCGGCUGCUGCUGCGAUGGCCCAUCAAUUGUCGUCGCCGCAGACGCUGCAACAGCUGACGGGCAGUCCAGGAAGGGCACGCGAUCGGAAUCUGUUUCAUGCGCCACCGAAUGCAUCAACUGCGCUGGCUUUGCCGCCACUGCGAGAAACACCGGCCCCGGAGCGUGAGGAACUGCUGCUGCAGAAAAUUCGGCAAUGUUGCACGCUCUUCGAUUUCUCGGAGCCGCUAAGCGAUCUGAAAUGGAAGGAGGUGAAACGCGCCGCCCUCCACGAGAUGGUCGAGUAUCUGUCCAAUCAGAAUGGUGUCAUCACAGAGAUUAUCUAUCCGGAGGCCAUCAAUAUGUUUGCCGUAAAUCUAUUUCGCACGUUGCCGCCGUCAUCAAAUCCGAAUGGGGCCGAAUUCGAUCCAGAGGAGGAUGAGCCAACAUUGGAAUCAUCUUGGCCACAUUUGCAAUUAGUCUAUGAGCUAAUUUUGCGCUUCCUGGAAUCGCCCGAUUUCCAGCCAAAUAUUGCAAAACGUUUUAUCGAUCAUCAAUUUGUAUUACAACUGUUGGAUUUAUUCGAUUCGGAGGAUCCACGUGAACGUGAUUUCCUUAAGACUGUUUUACAUCGCAUCUAUGGCAAAUUCCUUGGCUUGCGGGCAUUUAUUAGGAAGCAAAUCAACAAUGUGUUUUACAGAUUCAUUUACGAAACGGAACAUCAUAAUGGCAUUGCUGAACUGCUCGAGAUUUUGGGCAGCAUUAUUAAUGGCUUCGCAUUGCCGCUCAAGGAGGAGCAUAAACAAUUUUUACUUAAGGUAUUGCUGCCAUUGCACAAAGCCAAGAGCCUCUCCGUCUACCAUCCGCAGUUGACCUAUUGUGUGGUGCAGUUCCUUGAGAAGGAUCCCAGUUUGUCAGAGGCAGUCAUCAAAAGUCUAUUGAAGUUUUGGCCCAAAACACACAGUCCCAAGGAGGUGAUGUUUUUGAAUGAGCUGGAAGAGCUCCUCGAUGUAAUUGAGCCGGCUGAAUUUCAAAAGGUCAUGGCACCGCUAUUUCGCCAGAUAUCCAAGUGUGUCUCCUCGCCACAUUUUCAGGUGGCCGAGCGUGCACUUUACUAUUGGAAUAAUGAGUACAUUAUGUCGCUGAUAACGGACAACUCGCAGGUCAUACUGCCCAUCAUGUUUCCGGCGCUGAAUCGCAACUCGAAGACGCACUGGAAUAAGACCAUCCACGGUCUCAUUUACAAUGCACUCAAACUGUUUAUGGAAAUGAAUCAACGAUUGUUCGAUGAGUGUAGCAAAAACUACAAGCAAGAGAAGCAAAUGGAACGAGAGAAGCUUAAUCAGCGUGAGGAGCUAUGGCAACAGGUGGAGAGUCUCGCUAAAACCAAUCCAGAGUGGACAAAGAUGCGACGCUUCAACGAUUACCUGCAAAUGUCCGAGAGUCAAAUGCUGUACGAUGAAUACAAUGAGAAUUGUGAUCUAACCUACGAUAAGCUCGAUCAGAGUCAACAGCAACAACAACAACAGCAGCAACAACAACAGCAGCAGCAGUCAAGGCCGCAAGCGGCGCUAAAACAGCAGCAGUCAAAUCAGGAGCCCAGAGAGAUGUAAUACUCGACGCAUACAAUUGCCAAGUUAUCCUGCGUUCCCAAAACAAACAUACAAACAAAAUAACGGUGUACGAAACCCAAGAAAUAUCAUAAACUUUGUGAGCAAUCCCUCAACAAGUCGCCUAACUGUCUUCAAAUAGUCUUUGUGUUAAUAGUUAAUCGAAAUAAUUGAAUGUGUAGUUUGAUCUAUCAUCAGUAUAGUAUAGAACAUACCGAGCUUACUAAACACUAAAACCUUAAAAACCACCCUCGCAAAACUGGCAGCUAUAAAUGGAAUUGGAUUUUGUUUGCUUGAUAGCACUUUGAUAAUGUUGAAGAAUAUCGCAGGGUUUGAAAAUUUACAAAUAAUAAUACAAUAUGUGUGUGCAUUUUACAGUUUCCGUUUUUCGUGUUCACUUCAAAUACCAAAAAAAAAUAUAGAAAUAAUAAGAGAGAAAAGUGUUCCCACUUGGAAUGUCGUUUUUUCCGCUUUAGAUGUGGCAACACUGGCAGCGGGGAAAUUAAAUCAUUUGAGGGGAUUUGCUCACCUAGUUUUGUGUGCAAUUUUCUUGACGUUUCGACACCGCAUCACAAGUCACAGAUUAAAGUUUUAACCACAGAGCGAGAGAGAACGUAAUAAAUUAUAAUUAUAUGUAUAUUAUAUGCGAUUUACCUUUACCGUUAGCAGCUUAAUUAUACUAUAUAUGUAUAUGCGUAUAUGUAUUGUAAUUUGUUCAAAACAAAUUUGGUAUGUAUAUUAAUGUGUGUGUGUUUAUAUAUAUGUAUUUUUUGUAUGUAUUACACAUAUUGUUGGCGAGGGAGGAGGAUGAAUAAUGCCAGAGAGAAGUAUACAGUAUGUAUGAACGAAUCGGAGGCGCAGACAUCAUUGGAUCGGUGGGGAGAUAUUCCGCGAUGGGGUUCCAAAAAGUAUUUUAUAAGCAGAUGUUCCUUUUAGAAAAGCAAAAAGCAAAAAACAAAA